AUCGUCCAGAAUUAGCUCUGUUCUUUUAGAAAAGGGAUAAAAAGCCAAGCUCUCGAAAAAUAUUUGGUUUUGGACCGAACCUCAGCGCUUUUGUGUUGCUCGUCUACAUCGACGGAUCAGAGAGUGACAGACCCCCUUGGCGGCCGUGGUGAGAGGAUCGCGAGACAUCUUGAGGCGGCUUACACUCGCAGGCAGGAAUUCACAAAACACCUGCUGCCGCGUUCUCUUUUCUCCUCCUCUUUGUCGUCGAUCGUUUUUUCUUUUUCUUUUUCCGUCUCGUUGUCGACCUCUGUAACAGCCUCCUUCGUAGGUCUUGUCAAGCGCCGCACGACUUUUCCGAGCCGUCACCGUCUCGAUUUUCUUCUUCUUCUUCUUCUUCUUCUUCUUCUUCUUCUUCUUCUUCUUCUUCUUCUUCUUCUUCUUCUUCUUCUUCUUCUUCUUCUUCUUCUUCUUCUUCUUCUUCUUCUUCUUCUUCUUCUUCUUCUUCUUCUUCUUCUUCUUCUUCUUCUUCUUCUUCUUCUUCUUCUUCUUCUUCUUCUUCUUCUUCUUCUUCUUCUUCUUCUUCUUCUUCUUCUUCUUCUUCUUCUUCUUCCUCUUCUUCUUCUUCUCGCGAUGCUGCCCCCGUUCCCCUUUCCGCUGGAGCAGAUCUCCUGCUCGGCCCCCGUCUUCGACGUUUGCUUCCACCCAGCGAGGCAGAUUUUGGCGACUGCGCUGGUGUCUGGAGAGGUAGAAGUCCACGAGCUUCCCACCGCGGAUGAAGUCAGUGCUCACCUCGAGGCCCAACAUGCCCAUCGCAUCCGCCAGCGACAAAUCGAGCGGGAGAGAAAGAGACGCGAGAGAGCAGAGCGACGCGAGGCCAAGCGACGGCUGCAGGCCGAGAAGCUCGGCGAGAAACCGCAGGCAGGAGGAGAUGGGGAGACAGCAGAGGGCGCUGAAGAGUCUGGAAGCGACACCGAGGCCACAACGAAAACUGAAAAUGGAGGACAAGCGGAGGCAGAAUGCGAGGAAGGCGACAGCAGCUUCUCGGAUGCUUCCUCCUCCGAGGACGACUCGAGCGACGAAGAAGACAUGAAGCGAAAAUUUUUGAACGACGACUUAAAGACUGUCGACACCAAGGUGAUGACCAUGAAAAAACACAAACGAGGAUGCCGCGCCGUCCGGUUUUCUGCAGACGGAUCCCGACUUUUUUCCGCCUCAACUGACGGCCGUUGCAUCAUCAGCGAUGCAGAGAGGGGUACUACGCUGUGGAGAAAUCCCAAACAGAGGGACGCUGUGAAUACUCUCUGCAUCUUGACCCCACACAUCUUCGCUGCUGGCGACGAUGGAGGCACCGUGACUUUGUGGGAUGAUCGACAGGAGACUGCGGCAGGACGUCUGAAAGAUCAUGACGACUUCGUUUCAGACUUGACAGCGGCCUGGAUUUCACCUUGCGAGGCGCCCGCCAAUCCGCAUGGCCGAAGAAGAAAGAAGCGAAGCGCGGAAGCCCCCGACGACGCAGAAGGCACCUCUCAAGGCAUGCCCACACACCUCCUGGCGACCGGCGGAGACAUGCUGGCUGUCUUCGACCUACGGAAGAAGACUCUUCUUGCUCGCAGCGAUCCUCUCGAGGAAGAUCUUCACUGUGUUCAAGUUAUGCGGGACGGGAAGAAGGCAGUUUGUGGGUGCCAAGACGGCACCAUCAGCAUCUUCAGCUGGGGCGACUUUGGCGAUUUGAACGACCGGCUGACAGGCCACCCGCAGUCGAUUGAUUCGAUGGUGAAACUUGACGAGAAUACCCUCAUCACAGGCUGCGCCGAUGGCUGCAUCCGAAUGGUCACCUUGCUGCCCAACCAAAUUCUCAGCAUCCUUGGCGAGCACAUGACAGGCCACACAGCCAUCGAGCGUCUCGCCCUCAGUGGGGACAAAACGCUGCUUGCUAGCUGCUCGUACGACUCCACAGUCUGCAUUUAUCAACUCGAGCGAGGGAAGCAAAUCGAGGCCCAGCGCAGUGAUGGCUCUCAGCGCCCCACCAAGAAGACAAAGCAGAAGAAAGUCGUUGACUUGCGAAAAGACCGUGACUUUUUCGACGACCUUUGAUAUAUAUUUUGGGGCCAUGAGUGUGCCACCGCGUGAUAUCCGAGAAAACUUCAUCUGAACACUCUACGUCUGCGGUGGCUUCCCCGCUCUCUCGCACUGCCUGCCAAUCCCUUCGGGAGUUCCUUGCGCUCUUGAUGUAUGUGUGCAUCACACACAUGAAUAUAUAUGUAUAUAUAUACGUAUAAAUCGUUCGCGCUAGGGAGCAGAGAGAGUCGAUGACUCGAGACUGUUUUGACAGCUUGUUCCAGGAGUGGAGCGUUUCUUCUCGUGACUCGUUUGGAAGUAUCACAAACUCAGUCUGUUGAAAAACAUGAGACAA